CCCAAUCCCAUCUUGACACUGAAAUUAUUAGCAAGUUAUCCCACCAUCACCUAAAGUUACUGUGAUGGACUUACUACGUUCCGCCUGCCGGCCCAUCUCCCGCCUUUUCCGCUAUUUGCGCUAUUUGCGCUAUUCACGCUGGUCGCGCUGGUCGCGCUGUUCACGCCUACUUCUUUGCUACUUUGCCACCUGUAAGGCUCUCAAUCAAUUUCUUGAAAUGUUUCCAGAACGCAUGUUGUUCUACUCUAGCUCCCGUGAUUCUUCGCAACGUCAAGUGCACUACGUUCUACAGUAAUAGCAGCUAUCUUCGCUGUUGAGAUAUCUUGAGCGAGGGAUUUAAAGGGGGGGUUUACGAUUUGCA